AUGGCAGCAGCAACAGCAUCGAUUCAUAAUACAACAGGAACUUUUAUGUUUCAUCCUCGACCAGCUGUUUUUGAACAUCCUAUUACUUAUGAUCUUCCUUCAUUAAAUAAUUCAACAUCAAUAAUAAAUAACAAAUCUGAUAUAAAUGAUUUUUCUCAGUAUUAUAUUACUCUCGAAUCUCGUACAACUAUUCAUAAAUCAGCCAAAGGACCAAUAUCUAUUGCUGAAUGUGACGUACAAGGAAAAUAUAUUAUUAUUGAAAAUACAAGUCGUUCAAAAAGUAUGGUACUUGCUGGUUGGACAAUACGUCAAGAAAGUGAUAAUGGAGAUAUUUUAACAUAUACAGUUCCUGAUAAUUGUCUUUUAAGACCAAAUCAUUCAUUGAAAAUUCUUACUAAACCAAAUGAAUCAGAACGAAAAAAUAGUGAUCUCAUUGCUUCCUCAUUGUCUUCAUGGCAUACAGGUUUAAACUUCGUUACAACAUUGAUCAACGCCGAAGGCAAGGACCGUGCUUCGUUAACCAAAAAGACAGUAUUCUCUUGA